AUAGGGAAAGGAGGGUUGUCUGCUGUCUGGUAGGAGGGCUUUGUCUGUGUGCCUUUCUCUCUCUCUCUCUCUCUCUCUCUCUUUCGCUCUCUCUCUGUCUGUCUCUCACACUCUCGCUUUCUCUCUCUCUCUCUCUCGCUCUCUCUCCCGUUCCCGUCUCUGUGGUUUGUAAGGUAGGUUGCAGUGUGUGUAUAUACACAACAUCAAGAGCAGGAAAAUGGACUCAUUAGGAAGCCAGGCAGUCAUUACCAUUCACACUGCACUUCCAGGGAGACAGCGACUAUGAGGACACAAACUGAGGACUGGGGAACAAGCAGCACAGAAGAGAAGUGGUAGGAACUGCUUUUAACCCUUUUGGAAUCCGAAGAAGAAAGGGAACUAGAGAGCUUAACACCUCUGCUGCUUCCUGCUUCUGCUGUGACAACAAUUCCUCCUUGUAUUUACAAGUAGAGCUCAACCCUGUAUCCCAUCCCAUCCUGUUGAUUCCCAUUUGGCUACAUGAGUGCCUGAAGUUACAUUUUAGAUGCUGAAAUCACUGCACCUUAAAAACAAAAAAGAUUGAGCUGCACUGCAUUCCUCAUCGGCUGGAAUAUUUCCUUCCAUCUUGCAAGAGACUGGGCAAAUCGGCUGGAAUGAAACCUUCAUUUCUGUAUAUCUGGCUUGAAAUGCAGCAUAUAAAAGAAAACAGCAAACAUUUCUGAGUUACAGAGCACCAAACAGCCACAGAAUCAUUUGCUGCAAGACAAACAAGUAUUUUCACAUAACUUUGUUGAAGUUCCAUGUUGACCAAGUCUGCAUAAGAGCCAGAAAGCAGAUUUACAAAUUCUGCAUUCUGAACACUUGCUCCAAACCCAACGACAGACUGCUUCUUCAAGUUACAGGCACAGCUUUUCUCCAUUCUCUGCCCCAAUGAAUGUCUGCACUAGGUCUAAAGCUUGGAGUGAUUUACCUGAAGAGUGAUACCAUUCAGAAACCACUGAAGAAACCCAAGACAGCUAAAAAACAGAAGGACUCUGAGGAGAAUGAGAUUACGCAGACGGGUGCAUACAGCGCCAAGUCGGGCCUUCCCUGCCUGAACUUUGAAACUGUCCCAUCUCUGAGCCCAGCUUUCAUCCAUUCAUCACAUUCACCAAUAAACCUGCACGCACACACAGGGUCACCUGAUUGUAACAUUAGUUGCAAGGGGAUGACAGAGCGCAUUCACAGCAUCAAUCUCCACAACUUCAGCAAUUCGGUGCUCGAGACCCUCAACGAGCAACGCAACCGUGGCCACUUCUGUGAUGUGACGGUCCGCAUCCACGGGAGCAUGCUGCGCGCCCACCGUUGUGUGUUGGCGGCUGGCAGCCCCUUCUUCCAGGACAAGCUCUUACUGGGCUACAGCGACAUUGAAAUUCCCUCCGUGGUGUCAGUCCAGUCAGUACAAAAGCUCAUUGACUUCAUGUAUAGUGGGGUGCUGAGGGUCUCACAGUCAGAGGCCUUACAGAUCCUCACAGCAGCCAGCAUCCUGCAGAUCAAGACUGUGAUUGAUGAAUGCACACGGAUUGUCUCACAGAAUGUGGGCGACAUCUAUCCAGUGACCCAGGAUUCUGCCCAGGAGACACCUCGAGGAACUCCUGAAUCAGCCACUUCGGGGCAGAGCAGUGACACUGAGUCUGGCUAUCUGCAAAGCCACUCACAGCACAGUGUAGACAGGAUCUACUCAGCUUUGUAUGCCUGUUCUAUGCAGAAUGGUAGUGGAGAGCGCUCAUUCUACAGUGGAGCAGUGGUCAGCCACCAUGAGACGGCACUAGGACUUUCCAGAGACCAUCAUAUGGAAGACCCAAGCUGGAUUACACGGAUCCAUGAACGCUCUCAGCAGAUGGAGCGGUAUCUCUCCACCACUCCAGAAACAACACAUUGCCGGAAGCAACCGCGGCCAGUUCGGAUUCAGACCCUAGUGGGCAAUAUUCACAUCAAGCAAGAGAUGGAGGAUGACUAUGACUACUAUGGACAGCAGAGGGUACAGAUCCUAGAGCGCAAUGAGUCUGAGGAAUGCACUGAGGAUACUGAUCAAGCAGAAGGCACUGAGAGCGAGCCCAAGGGGGAGAGCUUUGACUCUGGAGUCAGUUCCUCUAUCGGCACUGAACCUGAUUCUGUUGAACAGCAAUUUCUAAGCCGAGAAGGUCAACAAGAGCCUCCCCAAGCAGAACAAAAUGAUGCUUCUGCUGAAGGCACUCAGCAGCAGCACAUAGAUGCCAACUCUUCCUCACCAGAGAGAGGCAAUGACACUGAAAGGGACAGCACACUGCUCACUGUUAGUAACAGUACUGAAAAGGGGACUUUGCAGCCUUCUAUCACUACAACUGUUGCCCAAGCAUUGCCAAGUACCCAGCUCUACUUACGCCAGACAGAAACCCUCACCAGCAAUCUGAGGAUGCCGCUGACACUGACCAGCAACACACAAGUCAUUGGCACAGCUGGCAAUACUUACUUGCCUGCACUCUUUACUACACAGUCUGCUGGCAGUGGCCCUAAGCCUUUCCUCUUCAGUCUGCCCCAGCCCUUAGGCCAACAAACACAGUUUGUGACAGUGUCCCAGCCUGGCCUGUCAACUUUUACUGCCCAACUGCCAGCCCCACAGCCCCUGGCUCCUUCUGCAGGCCACAGCACAGCAGGUGGGCAGGGUGAAAAAAAGCCUUAUGAGUGUACCCUCUGCAACAAGACUUUCACCGCCAAACAGAAUUAUGUCAAGCACAUGUUUGUACAUACAGGUGAGAAACCCCAUCAAUGCAGCAUUUGUUGGCGAUCAUUCUCCUUAAAGGAUUACCUAAUCAAACACAUGGUGACUCACACUGGUGUCAGAGCCUACCAAUGCAGCAUCUGUAACAAGCGUUUUACCCAGAAGAGCUCCCUAAACGUGCACAUGCGGCUCCACCGUGGGGAGAAAUCCUAUGAAUGCUACAUCUGCAAGAAAAAAUUCUCACACAAGACCCUGCUCGAAAGACACGUGGCUCUGCAUAGUGCCACAAACGGAACAGCUAGCACAACAGGCAGUGGAGCAAGGGCUCUUCCUGCUGGAGUGAUGGCCUGCACAGAGGGAACCACGUACGUCUGCUCUGUCUGUCCAGCUAAGUUUGACCAAAUUGAGCAUUUCAAUGACCACAUGAGGAUGCAUGUUUCAGAUGGAUAAGUAAGAUCUAUUCUGUUACGAACAACAACAAAGCCCAACCAGAGAAACAACAACAAAAAGCUAUGGCACUAGAAUUUAAUGUUUUUGGGGUUUUUUGUUUUCGUUUUUCAUUUUUGUUUUUUGUUUUGUUUAUUUUCACUUCAUUUUUGUACUACAUGAAGAACUGUUUUUUGCCUGCUGGUACAUUACAUUUCUGGAAGCUGGGUGAAUAGUUAUUAUCCCAGCCUUCCUUUGAUGGUGGCCUUAAGGCCAGAUAGUGCUUCAGGGGAUCUACUGGUUGGAUCUCUAGCUACUGGCCUCUAAAUACAACCCUUCUUUACUACAAAAAAAAAACUUUAAAAAAAUCUUUUUUGUCACUUGUGAAGAGCACUACAAGAAACAACAACAACAACAAGAGAAAAUGUUAUGAAAUCUACAAGGCCUACUGUCGUAAGUACACCACUUGCAGUGUUUCAAUGGACAGAUUCACAAUUCUGACCGCUUUGGACUUCACAGUAUCCAGUUAAAACUGUGGAAUAGAACCAUAUGGUUGAGCAGCAACCACAGAAAAUGGGCCCUAUUGGUUUCCACCAUUAGUCUUGCUAUUAUAAAAAGGGCUGUGGAGAAAGGCAAAGGGAGUUUGGGUUGGAUGGUGUGGAGUCCCUGCAGGAUGGGGAAGGAGAAAAAUAGGUUCCUCUUGUGGGUUCUGUUCCAUUCCACACAUUCUGAUUCAUAAUCUCCAACUUCUUUCUUCCCCACUAACACCAACACCGUCUUUCACCAGAAGCUAGAAACAAUAAAGUGAGAAUAAGGUUAGCAAAGGUGGCUUUUUUUGUAAUUUAUUCAGUGUCUUUGCUGAGCCUAGGGCCUCAGCACAAUCAAUGGGACUUUUGCAAAUAUCAAAGAGAAAUAGCAAAAGGAAAAAUAAUUCAAGAGGUUUUUUUUCACCUAGUGUUCUAGGUACAAGAAAAGGAAUCACUUCCACAAUCUUUGUGGGUAAAAGUCAAAAAAGGCUGCAUCAAGAUUUAUUCUUGUGGAGGGAAAAGUAAAGUAGAAGGUGGGUGGGGAGUAACUAAAAAGAGUUCUCAAGAUUUUUUUUUAAUCCAAAAUUUUAUAGAGGGACAGGAGUUGUGUUUACCAGAUAAGAGUGCUGAUUUUUUAAAAAAAUAUAUUUACCACAGUAUUUGUGUAAAAAAAACAAAAAACAAAAGUGUAACCUUGUUAAAGUAAUUUUUGUUUUUUCUUUUGUUUUGCAUACACUGCCACUAAUACCU